CUAAACAAGAUUUAUUGAAGGUCAAGGUGCUCUCUCAGUCUCUCUCUCUCUCUCCCUCCCUUCUCGAAUCUUCUUUGGUAAUAGCAAAAGUGGUGAUCAUUCUCACUUCCAUAACCAAAGGCCGGCGUUCAAAUUCAGCUCCUGAAGAUCCUCAAGGAUCCAAGAGAAGAAACUGAAUCGAAAUUCGUGAAAUGGAGAAAGAUCAGGAGCAGGAAAAUCAGUCAUCUGUUCAAGAUGAUGAUAAUGAAAUCAUUGCUGAAGCUUCUUCAGUUGUUCAUGGAGAGCUUUCUCAGGAUGGUAAUGAAAUUCCAAAGGUUGAUUCUGCAGUCGAAGUUCUUCAUGAGAAAGUCACCAAACAAAUUAUCAAGGAGGGUCAUGGUGAUAAACCAACAAAGUAUUCAACAUGCUUCUUUCACUAUAAAGCAUGGACUGAGAGCACCCAACAUAAGUUUGAAGACACAUGGCAAGAACAGAGACCAAUUGAGAUGGUCUUAGGAAAAGAGAAGGAAGUUAUGACAGGACUGGCUAUUGGUGUCACCAGUAUGAAGGCUGGUGAAAGAGCCUUAUUACAUGUAGGUUGGGAAUUUGCUUAUGGGAAAGAAGGCAGUUUCUCUUUUCCCAAUGUUCCUCCUAUGGCGGAUGUUAUAUAUGAUGUUCAGCUGAUUGGUUUUGAUGAGGUUAAAGAAGGAAAAGCUCGAAGUGACAUGACAGUGGAGGAAAGAAUUGGAGCUGCGGAUCGGAGGAGGAUGGAUGGAAAUGCUUUGUUCAAAGAGGAUAAGCUUGAGGAGGCUAUGCUACAAUAUGAAAUGGCUAUAGCCUAUAUGGGAGAUGAUUUCAUGUUCCAGUUGUUUGGUAAAUACCGUGACAUGGCGUUGGCGGUUAAGAAUCCUUGUCAUCUUAACACGGCUGCUUGUCUCAUAAAGCUCAAGCGCUAUGAAGAAGCAAUUGCACAAUGCAGCAUCGUAUUGGUAGAAGAUGAGAACAACACAAAAGCUCUAUUUAGACGAGGAAAAGCAAAAGCUGAGCUUGGCCAAACGGAUGCUGCUCGUCAAGACCUUCUGAAAGCACGGAAAUUUGCACCAGAGGAUAAAGCAAUCACGAGAGAGCUGCGAUUGCUCGACGAACAUGAUAAGGCUGUUUAUAGGAAACAGAAGGAGCUUUACAAAGGAUUAUUUGGACCAAGACCUGAACCCAAACAACCUCAAAAGACUAGCUGGAUUAUCUUAAUUUGGCAAUGGCUGAUAUCUCUCUUCUAUCGCCUUUUCAGGCGCGAACAUCACAAAUCGGACUAGACCCUCUUUUGUUGGGCACUCUCGGGUGGGGAUGUAAGUGUUUUGUCUUUUGUGCUUUUUGUUUCUUUGUCAAGUGAAUCCUCGUCUUAUCUAUGUAUGUUGUCUUACAAUCCUAUAACCAUUUUGAAGAUUACAAUGAGGUUUCCUCCAUGCAAAUGACUUCAUUUGAAUUUGAUUCCA